ACACACGUCAAAGUCAGGCACAUUCUGUGUGAGAAGCAAGGCAAGGCUCUCCAGGCGUUGGACAAGAUAAAGGCUGGCGAGCAGUUUGCGACGGUAGCUGCUGAGUUUUCAGAGGACAAAGCGCGGCAGGGAGGAGACCUUGGCUGGAAGAGCAGGCAAGAUGUGGUAGGGGACUUUGCUGAGGCGGCCUUCAAGCUCAAUGUUGGAGAGAUGACGCAGCAACCAAUAAAAACAAAGUUUGGCUACCAUUUGAUUUUGGUGGAGGGCAGGAAGUAG